CGGACGUAUUCGCUGCACCAUCUGCCGAAAGAGGAACGCGCUGCCGAGGCGUUGACGUACCUGGAGAGGUGGUUCGCAUACGCGCGGACAAAACUACACCAUUCAUGGUGCGAUAGUGACUGUGCUUUCCCAUCGCUGACGAAGAUCCCACGUGGCUGCAGUAAAAAACGAAAGCCCGGUGCGACCGCUUCUACCAAGACUACCUCCUUUGCAAACGUCUGUGUAAAAUGGGGAUCGCCGAUGUCCGACACCAAUUUCACGCAGGUGCUGAACAUCGUUGCUGAGGCGGCUGGGAUCAGCCGGAAUUUGCUCGGCGACGAAAUCUGGUUCACAUCGCACUGUUUCCGGCGCGGGGGUGCCCAGUACAGGUUCAUGUUUGCACCAGAGAAGCGCCGAUGGUCGUUGAAGCUUGUAAAGUGGUGGGCGGGCUGGGCGCCCAGUGAGAAAGCUGAGACAGUUACGAGGUAUCUUUUGGACGAUGUCCUCGAUCGCGAAGAAAACCAACUUGGUGACUCGUUGGUGCCCGACGCGGUGUCAUGCUCUUCCGCAUCGCUUGAAAGUAUCAGGGAUAUUGAGUACGGAAGCUCGCAGGCAGAGACAGACGAUUGCGAGGAAAUACAGGUAGUGCAAUGA